CGGGAUCCAUUGCCAUACCCCUCUGUUCUCUUUUCUUCCUAACCUCUUCUAGACCACAGAGAACCCACCCGUGGCAGCAGAAGCUUCAUGCUUUUGAUCUUGUUUAUCGCUUCUCAUUUGUUUGAAGUUUCAAAAAUCAUCCGAGGGUCUCUUUCCUCUGUGAUAAAAGCUUAAGUCGUCUCAAUCGCUGCCCUUGAAGUUUUCGAAGAAGCAAUAUGACAAACCAACGUGGUUAUGUGCCACCAGCUUACAUUCCUUUGGGACAGUCAGAUUCAGUGGAUGCACUAGCUUCUCAGCAUCAGCUCAAUGAAGAAAAUCCUAGUAAAAAUGGAUCAAAUCAGAUGCAGACUCAGUGGUCUUCUGGGAUCUGUGCUUGCUGUGAUGAUAUGCAGAGCUGUUGUGUAGGUCUCUUUUGUCCCUGUAUUCUCUUUGGAAAGAAUGCAGAAUUUCUGGGGUCUGGAACUUUCAUGGGGUCAUGUCUAACCCAUUUUAUAUUGUGGGCUUUUGUUAAUACCACCUGCUGCUUAUUAACCGAUGGCUUGGUUUUGGGAUUACCUGGAUGCCUUGUUGCCUCAUAUGCUUGUGGCUACCGCAGGACUUUAAGGUCAAAGUAUAAUUUGCCGGAGGCACCCUGUGGAGAUUUUGUUACCCAUUUUUUCUGCCACAUGUGUGCCGUUUGUCAAGAGUACAGAGAGAUUUGUGAGAAAUCUGGCGAUUCUGAAGCCAUGAAGCUGACUGUAGUCACAGCUCCUCCAAUCCAGGCAAUGCAGUCAGAUUCAACGCAGUAAUGUUACUCCCUACUCUGUAUCCUUCUAUCCACUCUUUACAAUCUAUGCAUUAUAAUUUAUCUGACAUAAGAACUUUACUGGGUUCUGUAAUUACAAAAUAAUUAACCAUUACUAAUUUACUAUAAUGUUGCUGACAUUGUUUUCUCA